CCCGCCGGAGCUGUCGGAGGUUGACAGGUCGAGGCCGGGCGGCGGUGGCGGCGGCGGCGGCGGCGGCGGAGCGCAGCGCCCAGACCCAGGCCCCAUGGGGAACGCGCCGAGUAACAGUAGUGACGACGAAGCGGCGGCCGCCGGGGCCGAGGGUUGGGGUCCGCACGCGGACUGGGCUGCGGACCCGGGUGCGACCCCCGGCCCGGGGCCCGCGGCCCCGGCGCUGCCGCCCGCCGCCUCACUGCUGGAACCAGCCCGGCUGCGGGAAGCAGCCGCGGCACUGCGGCCCACGCCGCCCUGCGAGUCACUGGUGUCGCGGCACCACGGCGCGCUGCUGCGCUGGCUGGAGGAGCGUCUGGGCCGCGGCGAGGAGUCCGUCACCCUGGAACAGUUCCGGGAGCUGCUGGAGGCGCGCGGCGCUGGCUGCUCCGGAGAGCAGUUCGAGGAGGCCUUUGCCCAGUUCGAUGCUGAGGGUGAUGGGACAGUUGAUGCUGAGAACAUGUUGGAAGCCCUCAAAAAUUCCAGUGGAGCCAAUCUUCAGGGGGAGCUGAGCCAUGUCAUCAGACAACUACAAGCCUGCUCUCUGGUUCCAGGUUUCAUAGACAUAUUUUCAGAGUCAAAGGAGGGUCUUGGUGUUCACUCAUCAAUGAUACUGCGCUUCCUGCAUCGCAAUCGAAUCUCUAGCAUGGUAAUUCCCUAUCCAAUGUUGGACCACUGCAAUAACAUGUGUACCAUGCGGUCCUCAGUCCUGAAGGAGUCUCUGGAUCAACUAGUACAAAAGGAGAAGGAAAACCCUGGAGAGUUAACCAGAAGCCCUGAGAUGGAUAAACUCAAGUCAGUAACAAAAUGCUAUGCUUAUAUAGAGACAUCCUCCAACCCUGCAGAUAUUGACAAGAUGACAAAUGGAGAAACAUCAUCCUACUGGCAGUCAGAUGGUAGUGCACGUUCACACUGGAUUCGGUUAAAAAUGAAGCCAGAUGUGGUACUUAGGCACUUGUCCAUUGCAGUGGCUGCCUCUGACCAGAGCUACAUGCCACAGCAAGUGACAAUAGCCGUGGGAAGGAGUGCUAGUGAUCUCCAAGAAGUCCGAGAUGUGCACAUCCCCAGCAAUGUGACUGGCUACGUGACCUUGUUGGAAAAUGCCAACAUCAGCCAGCUCUAUGUCCAGAUUAACAUAAAACGUUGUCUUAGCGAUGGAUGUGAUACUAGAAUUCAUGGUCUGAGGGCUGUUGGCUUUCAGAGAGUUAAAAAGUCUGGAGUCUCAGUCUCAGAUGCCUCUGCAAUAUGGUAUUGGUCUCUGUUGACAUCUCUGGUGACAGCUUCAAUGGAGACAAACCCUGCAUUUGUCCAGACAGUGCUGCAUAAUACCCAGAAGGCGCUGCAGCAUAUGCCUCCACUUUCUCUCUCACCAGGAUCUGCAGACUUCUCAACUUUCUUAUCUCCCAAUGUUCUGGAAGAAGUGGACAGUUUCCUCAUAAGGAUAACUAGCUGCUGUUCUACUCCACAGGUAGAACUGACUCUGCUGGCCUUUGCACUGGCAAGAGGAAGUGUUGCCAAAGUGAUGAGUUCUUUGUGCACCAUCAUUGACCAACUGGACACACAGUAUGAUGCCCUGUCCCUCAUUUCAUCCAUGGCAUCUGUCAGACAGAACCUGCUUCUUAAAUAUGGUAAACCUCUUCAGUUGACUCUUCAGGCUUGUGAUGUCAAAGGAAAAGAAGACAAGUCAGGACCUGAAAACCUCCUUGUGGAACCAUGGACAAGGGAUGGUUUUCUUACAGAGACUGGAAAAACCAGAGCAAGUACUAUUUUUUCUACAGGAACUGAGUCUGCCUUCCAAGUUACACAGAUAAGAAUUAUGGUUCGACGUGGUGGUAUUGGUGCUCAAUGUGGGCUGGUAUUUGCUUAUAACUCAUCUUCUGAUAAAUUUAAUGCAGAAGAACACUUCAAACGCUUUGAAAAAUACGACAGAUGGAAACUUCAGGAGCUCAGGCAAUUUGUAAAACACAGGGCUGGCUGUUCAUCUGAAGACCUUGGAGAAGAUGAUCCUAUUGGCUGGUUUGAGCUAGAAGAAGAGUGGGAUGAAACAGAUGUCAAACUGCAGCAGUGCCGAGUUGCCAAAUAUUUGAUGGUGAAGUUCCUGUGCACCCGUCAGGAAUCAGCAGAGCGCUUGGGAGUGCAAGGCUUGAGCAUCAGUGGGUACCUUCGGCCUGCAAGAGCAGAAGCAGAGCAAAGUAUCCUCUGUGCCCACUGCAAAAAGGAUACAGAGAGUGCUUGUGGUGCCACCCUGCUCCUCAGGACCCUGCAGUUCAUCCAACAGCUUGCUCAUGACCUGGUGCAACAAAAAAAAAGUGGCUUAAAAUAUAAAUCUUUUCUGGACUUCACGGGUCUUGAUUUACAGAUCUUCUGGAAGUUUUACAGUAAACUAAAACAAAGCCCAAGAGAAGAGUGCAUCUGUGCCCAAAUCCUGCUACUGCAGCUUCUGCAGAGUUGCUUUUCAGUGCUGCAGGGAGAUGUGCCUACUGCCUCUGAGGAGGGGAAGCCUCCAGCUCAGCAUCCGGAGAGAGUUCAGGCUGCCAAGGAGCUCUAUACACACUUAUGUGAUGUGGUAGAUAAGGUAGAUGGAGACUCAGUACUUGUGGAGAUUCUAAAGCAAGAAGUUAAGAACACCCUUCUCAAUGGGGCUGCCAUAUUCUUUCCUGAUCGACAGACCCGUCGGAACCAUCUCUUCACUAUGAUGAAGAAUAUCACUGAGCAAGAACAUAAGCAGUCCCUGCAGCUCACAUUCCAUUCACUGUGCACAUAUUUUAGUGAUAAAGACCCAGGUGGCCUUCUACUUUUACCUGAGAAAAGUGACCUUGCUGGCAUGAACAUUGGUGAAGUCCUAGCUGUCAUGAAUACGCUCCUUUCUGUGGCUGCUCGAGAGUGUGAGCUGUUGAUGCUCAGUGAGGCACCAGGGGAAGUUGGCUCUGUGCUCUUUUCUCUGUUCUGGUCUGUGCAAGGUAGUCUGCUCUCCUGGUGUUAUCUGCAACUGAAGAGCACAGACUCUGGAGCCAAAGAUCUUGCUGUGGACCUUAUAGAAAAAUAUGUGGGACAGUUUCUGGCAAGCAUGAGAGUGAUUUUGGAAUCCCUUUUGUCACAGUAUAGUGGAAAAACCAUAGUAGAAAAACUGUGUAAUUCAGUGUUUUCCAUGGCAGCUCGUCAACUGGUCAUCUUUCUCCUAGACUUCUGUUCUUUGGACAUUUCACACUGUACUCUCUUGAGAGAGUUCAGUACCUUGACAGAGCUGUUGAAGAAGCUCUGCAAUGACCCUGAAGGAGGACUGAGCAAGCUGGAUGUUGAGACCUGGCAGCAGGAACAGCCUGUGGUACUACAUACAUGGACCAAGGAGUCUGCCCAUAACUAUGAAAAUAACUGCCAUGAAGUAUCUGUCUUUGUUAGCCCAGGGGCAACCUAUUUUGAAGUGGAAUUUGAUGACAGGUGUGAAACUGAAAAGCGGUAUGAUUAUCUGGAAUUUACAGACUCUAGAGGUGGGAAGACACGCUAUGACACAAAAGUUGGUACUUAUAAGUGGCCUAAGAAAGUGACCUUUAAGGAUGGUCCUAGGCUUCAGUUCCUCUUUCAUUCUGACAGCAGUAAUAAUGAGUGGGGCUACAAAUUCACUGUCACUGCCUACGGCCUGCCUGAUGUUGCCGUGUCUUGGGGGUUAGACUUGCAACUCCUUGUCUCUCGACUAAUGGGCCGCCUUGCCUCCCAGUGUAUGGCACUCAAGUCUAUGCAUCAGUUAGGCAGUAACCUGGCAGUACCACAGGCAAAAAUGGCUUCAGUACUGAACUCCCCAUUGUGGAAACCUGUCUUCAGGCAUCAGAUUUGUCCAGGGUUGGAAUUAGAAGCAAGCUGGCCCACUCACCUACAUCAGAAUGAGAAGGAGGUUAAGAAAAUCCCUGACGAUCCCUGCCGGCGUUUUCUCCUUGAUUUUGCCCAGUCAGAGCCUGCUCAGAACUUCUGUGGGCCAAAUUCAGAACUGUUCAAAGGAUUCAUACAGGCAUGUAGAAAACAGGCCCCAAAGACAGAUAUAGUUGCUGGUUCCACUAUUGAUCAAGCUGUGAACGCCACCUUUGCUGCUCUGGUGUAUCGCACUCCAGAUUUAUAUGAGAAGCUGCAAAAAUAUGUAAAUAGCGGGGGCAAGAUAGCCCUGAGUGAAGAGUUUGCACAGGUGUAUUCCCUGGCAGAUGGGAUUCGAAUAUGGAUGUUAGAGAUGAAGCAAAAGUCCCUGAUGAGCCUGGGGAAUGAGGCUGAAGAAAAACUCAGUUCAGAAGCUGUAGAGGCGAACCCAGAGAGCCUAGCAAAAGAAUGUAUUCAGAAAAGUCUUCUGUUACUAAAAUUUUUGCCCAUGGACAAAAGUUCAGAAGAAACCUUUGACAAGUUGGUGACUGUCAAUGAAACCGAUCACCUCCAGCCACUAGACAGGCACCAGAGGACAAGCUCUGUGGUAGAAGAGCAUUUCCAAGCCUCAGCAUCUCCCACAGAAGCAGGCCCCUCAACUGCCAGAGACAACAGUCCUGACUGGGAGGUCCCCUCAAAGCUGCCACCAAGUAGCGGGCCUCCCUCUGCAGAAGUGCCCACUGCUGAGGAGCCCUCCUCACCUUCCACACCUACCCGGCGGCCACCCUUCACCCGAGGGCGACUCCGGCUACUCUCUUUCAGAUCCAUGGAAGAAGCCAGACCACUGCCUACAGUAAAAGAGAAAUAUCCAGUGUUGAAGGAUGCCAUGGACUUCAUUAAAGAUCAAUCACUCUCACAUGACAGUGUUGUAAAGGUUCUUUCCUUAAAGAAAGCCCAAGCCAAGAGCAUCCUGGAAGCCCUGAGGGUAAUUCAGUACUGUACAGAAUCCCUAGGACAGCCUCAUUGCUUUCAUCCACCAUAUGUUCUUUUCCUGUUGGAACUUCUGACCUGCCAGAAAGAUUUUACCAAUUAUUUUGGACACCUGGAAGGUUGUGGUGCUGACCUACACAAAGAAAUUCGAGACACUUACUAUCAACUUGUUCUCUUUUUGGUCAAAGCAAUUAAAGGAUUUAAUAGCAUAAAUGACAGAUCCCUGCUGCCUGCCUUAUCGUGCAUUCAGACAGCCUUACUUCAUCUUUUGGAUAUGGGCUGGGAACCUUGUGAUCUUGCCUUCUUUGUUGAUAUUCAGUUACCAGAUCUCCUAAUGAAAAUGUCACAAGAAAAUAUCAGUGUCCACGACAGUAUGAUCAGCCAGUGGAGUGAAGAGGAUGAGCUUGCUGAUGCCAAGCAGAAUUCAGAAUGGAUGGAUGAGUGUCAGGAUGGCAUGUUUGAGGCCUGGUAUGAAAAAAUAGCCCAGGAGGAUCCAGAGAAGCAGAGGAAAAUGCACAUGUUCAUUGCUCGUUACUGUGACCUGCUAAAUGUGGACAUCUCUUGUGAUGGAUGUGAUGAGAUUGCUCCCUGGCACCGCUACCGGUGUCUUCAAUGCAGUGACAUGGAUCUCUGCAAAACUUGCUUCCUAGGUGGAGUGAAGCCUGAAGGCCAUGGAGAUGACCAUGAAAUGGUCAACAUGGAGUUUACCUGUGACCACUGCCAGGGUUUGAUCAUAGGCCGAAGAAUGAACUGCAAUGUCUGUGAUGACUUUGAUCUUUGUUAUGGAUGCUAUGCAGCAAAGAAAUAUUCCUAUGGCCAUUUGCCUACCCAUAGCAUCACAGCCCACCCCAUGGUGACCAUCCGGAUCAGUGACCGCCAGAGGCUCAUCCAGCCAUAUAUCCACAACUACUCCUGGCUGCUCUUUGCUGCCUUGGCUCUCUAUAGUGCCCAUGUGACCAGCACAGAGGACAUGGAUGGGGAGAAACUGGGUCCUCAGGCCCGCAGCAGUGCCGCCAUCCUUCGGAGCCAGUGCAUGCAGCUGGUCGGGGACUGUCUGAUGAAGGCUCACCAGGGCAAAGGUCUUAAAACUCUAGCUCUUCUUGGUAUACUGCCAGAUGGUGACUCUACUCCAGAACACCAGGCUUUGCCAAUCACAGUGUCAACGCCGACAUCAGAGGAGCAGCUAGAGAAGAAAACUGUCCAUCCCACUCAGCAGCUGUCAGAGACAGGCUCAUUAGUGCAGUGCAAUGGAAAGAGAGCUGUAGAGAAGGAAAUCAGACCUUUGGAUUCCAGACAUAGAAAGAAGGCAAGUCUCUUAUUAAUGAAGGAUUCCUCAUGCCAGAUCCAAAUUUCAGAUGUACCUACAGAUGCUCAUACACCUCCAGGACCACCAGAUGCUGAAAUUUCAGAAUCGUCAUCUCAGAAGCCAAUAGAGGAAAAAGCAGUUAAUCCAAAUCCUGAGCAAGUGUUUGCUGAGUGUUCCCAGAAGAGGAUUUUAGGACUGCUAGCAGCCAUGUUACCUCCAGCAAAGUUGGGUCCAACACUCCCCCUGAUAGACCUGGAGCAUGUCCUCCCACUGAUGUUUCAGGUUGUCAUCUCCAAUGCAGGCCACUUGAAUGAAACCUACCACCUCACUCUGGGACUUCUUGGCCAGUUAAUCAUCCGUCUUUUACCAGCAGAGGUAGAUGCUGCAGUGAUCAAGGUCCUUUCAGCCAAACACAACCUGUUUGCUGCAGGGGACAGUUCCAUUGUGCCAGAUGGUUGGAAGACCACUCAUCUACUUUUCAGCCUCGGAGCUGUGUGCCUGGACAGCCGGGUGGGCUUGGAUUGGGCGUGUUCCAUGGCAGAGAUUCUGCGGUCACUCAAUAAUGCCCCACUUUGGCAAGAUGUCAUUGCUACCUUCACAGACCACUGCAUCAAGCAGCUGCCUUUCCAGCUGAAGCAUACCAACAUCUUUACCCUGCUGGUUCUGGUUGGCUUCCCUCAGGUUCUCUGUGUGGGAACUCGCUGUGUUUAUAUAGAUAAUGCCAAUGAGACCCAUAAUGUUAUCAUCUUGAAACAUUUCACUGAGAAGAACAGGGCUGUGAUUGUUGAUGCCAAAACUCGGAAAAGGAAAACAGUGAAAGACUACCAGCUGACUCAGAAGGGAGGAGGACAAGAAUGCAAUGACUCUGAGACCCAGCUGAGCCAAUAUUCCCAGCACUUCGCCUUUAUUGCCAGUCACCUCCUGCAAACCAGCAUGGAUAGUCAUUGCUCUGAGGCAGUGGAAGCAACGUGGAUUCUGUCCCUGGCCCUCAAAGGUUUAUAUAAAACACUAAAGGCUCAUGGUUUUGAAGAGAUCCAUGCAACCUUUCUUCAGACUGAUCUGCUGAAGCUGUUAGUGAAAAAGUGCAGCAAAGGGACUGGCUUCAGCAAGACAUGGCUCCUCCGGGAUCUGGAAAUUCUGUCUAUCAUGCUGUACUCUUCAAAAAAGGAAAUCAACGCUCUGGCUGAUCACAGAGACCUCGAGCUAGAUGAGCGAGGAGACCAAGAGGAAGAGGUGGACCGGCCAAUCAGCAGUCCUGGAGAACCAGAGCAAAAAAAGCUAGACCCUCUGGAAGGCCUUGAUGAGCCCACCAGAAUAUGUUUCUUGAUGGCUCAUGAUGCCCUCAAUGCCCCUCUGCACAUCCUCCGGGCCAUAUAUGAACUGCAGAUGAAAAAGACCGACUCUUUCUUCUUGGAGGUUCAGAAGAGGUUUGAUGGAGAUGAGCUCACCACAGAUGAGAGGAUCCGCUCUCUGGCGCAAAGGUGGCAGCCCAGUAAGAGUCUGAGACUGGAAGAGCAGAGCGCCAAAGCUGUGGACACAGACAUGAUCAUCUUGCCAUGCUUGUCCCGGCCCACAUGCUGUGAUCAUGCCACUGCUGAAUUGAAUCCUGUGACCCAGAAGCUGAUCUCCAGCACAGAGAGUGAGCUUCAGCAGAGCUAUGCCAAGCAGCGCCGGAGCAAGAGUGCUGCCCUCCUCCACAAAGAGUUGAACUGCAAGAGUAAGAGGGCUGUCCGCGACUACCUCUUUCGUGUGAAUGAGGCCACAGCUGUCCUGUAUGCUCGCCAUGUGUUGGCCUCCCUUCUUGCUGAGUGGCCCAGGAAUGUGCCAGUGAGCGAGGAUAUCCUGGAACUAAGUGGCCCUGCCCAUAUGACUUACAUUUUGGAUAUGUUCAUGCAGCUAGAAGAAAAGCACCAGUGGGAGAAGAUUCUGCAGAAGGUUCUCCAGGGCUGCCGAGAGAACAUGCUGGGGACCAUGGCUCUGGCUGCCUGCCAGUUCAUGGAGGAGCCCGGAAUGGAGGUGCAAGUGAGGGAAUCCAAACACCCAUAUAAUAACAACACCAGCUUUGAGGAUAAAGUCCACAUUCCUGGUGCCAUCUACCUCUCAAUCAAAUUUGACUCUCAGUGUAACACUGAGGAAGGCUGUGAUGAGUUAGCUAUGUCCAGCAGUAGUGACUUCCAGCAGGAUCGACACAACUUCAGUGGGUCUCAACAGAAGUGGAAAGAUUUUGAGCUUCCAGGAGAUACUCUGUAUUACCGAUUCACCUCUGACAUGAGCAACACUGAGUGGGGCUACAAAUUCACUGUGACAGCCGGACACCUAGGACGGUUCCAAACAGGAUUCGAGAUUUUGAAGCAGAUGUUAUCAGAAGAAAGGGUUGUGCCUCACCUCCCAUUGGCCAAAAUUUGGGAAUGGCUGGUGGGCGUAGCCUGCCGCCAGACUGGUCAUCAGAGACUAAAGGCCAUCCAUUUACUACUGAGGAUUGUGCGAUGCUGCACACACAGUGACCUUUGUGACCUGGCACUGUUGAAGCCGCUGUGGCUGCUGUUUACCCACAUGGAGUACAGCCUGUUUGAGGACGUGACACAGCCUGGCAUCCUGCUCCCCCUGCAUCGGGCCCUCACUGAGCUUUUUUUUGUCACCGAGAACCGUGCCCAGGAGCUUGGCUUGCUGCAGGAGUACCUGCUAGCCUUAACCACUGAUGACCACCUUCUUCGCUGUGCAGCCCAGGCUCUGCAGAAUGUUGCUGCCAUCAGCCUGGCCAUCAACUACCCAAACAAGGCCACCCACCUCUGGAAUGUUGAGUGUUAACCUCACUGUGGCUGUGACGUUCAUGGACUUGAUAAUCUGUCCACAGGGGUUCAAAGCUAGACCUCCAGCCUCCAGCCUCACUGAGAAAAAAAUUCCUGCGGCUUCAGUGCCCAGCUCUAUUUGAGCUCACUCCUGUACUCAUCCUAUGCCAAGCACUGUGUCUCUAAGAACUCGUGCACAGGCUUAUCAUGUAUGGAUUGUCACACAUGAGAAAAAGCAAAGUGCAGAAUGACUCAGAAAGGACCUGCAGGAGGCAUUUGGAAAACUUGCUCAGAGACCAGCCUCCUCCAGGGUCGCCCCUCUGGAGCAACAGUGCAGAAGACCUGGAAACAGCCUUGCUGGAAGGUUCUGUCUCCUCUAAGCUAGAGAUGCCUGUACUUUCUGUCAGUGGAUAAUGUGGAGGAAGGCACCACCUGCCAGAAGCCACUCUGGCAAUGAGAGGCACAGCCACAGUGGGCUGGCUGGGGGGCGGGAGAGACUAUACCUUUGCUUUAAAUUUGUGAGAUUAGGAAAUCCAAACCAAACCACAGCCAGUGCAACCCCCUCCUGGCCAGCACCAGCCCCUCUGCAUUCAGAAUGGGACACAUACCAGCUAGCUCCCUGAGUGCUCAGCCAUCCUGGAGAAUGCCUCAUGGGAGCAAGUGCCCGCUGGGCACAGCCAGCGGGCCACCCUGCAUGCCCACCCACACUGUGCUCCCGGAACAGUAAUGAUUUCUUUCAGUUGUUUUAACAUGUGUUGGUUUCCACCUCCUGCUUUUAGAAGAGAAGCACACUCUCUGAGUGGGCCUCCAGGGAAUGCCAGGGACAAGCUGAUGAGUGAAAGCAGUGGAGCUGGAAGAACUUUGCAGCAUCAGCACCUGCAAUAUCAGGCUCUCCAAAAAGAUUUCACUUUAAGAGUAAAAACCUACCUGGCUUUAUUUCUGCUUAAAGGGUGGUCCUUCCCACCCAUCACCCUAGGUAGACCUGACUGUCAUCUUCUAGCAAUAAUGAUAUGAGUUCUAGUGGAUGCUGUUUCAUAUUUUUUCUGUGUGACUUUAGCCUCAUCCUGUGCUGAUGAUCAUCCACUUUCUAGAGCCAUGUGUUAGCAUGUGAGACAGGGUUGUCAUGUGGGCCACGGCCAGCUCAGUGGGAACUCAUGAGAACAAAGAUGCCUGAAGUAGCUGCUUUUUAAGAGCAGGGCCCUGGGCUAGAGGCACCUCAUAGGACUAAACCCAAGGAAAGCUCUAGUAUGACCCUUGGUCUCUGAAGAGGUUCAGGGGACGGCAGGGGAGUCUAGAUAGGCAGAGCCUGAGUCUGCAAGCCUUGGAGCACCUGCCUGCAAGGGUGUCGUGCCUUCUGGCUCAGGAGGUUACUUGCAUAGCCCUAGAGUUAAGUUCUCAGCUGAGGCUCUAGGUGUGGGGAAAUGGCCACAGAGUGGGAGGGGGUGGGGUGCAAAGAGACAACAAGAAAUGGGAUGGUGGUACACUACCUACUGCCCUAAUGUCAAGGGGAGUUGAUAGGUUACUAGCCAAGGGGAAGCCCCUUUCCCACACCUGGCCCUUUCCCAGCCUGCCCUUGCUUUGCAAGUUGCCUACACCUCAGAGAAGGUUCAGAAUCCCAAGAUGGGUCAGAUUGAAUCUCAGUGCUUGGGUAAAAAACCCCACUGUGACCCAGGCACCCAUGGCUCACGCCUGUACUAGCUACUCAGGAGGCUGAGAUCUGAGGAUUGCAGUUCAAAGCCAGCAGG